CUUCUGUGUGGCUGUUCUGCUGCCUUCUUCUGGGGCUGGCAGUGCUCUCCGGAGCAGCUGAGGAGGCAGCUCUCGGCGGAGACUGCGGCUGCAACGCUAACCGGCGUGGCAGUGGUGGCGCAGGCGGCGCCGGACGGGAGGCAGCCGCUCGGCGGUACUCGGCGGCGGGCGGUGACCGGAGCGCUGGGCGCGGGCCGGUUCUGUUACUGGUCCACUCGCUUGAAUUCCUUGUAAGAGUAGCAUGUGAUCACGGAUCUCUGCCAGGAUGGUUGUUAUUCCAGGAGGAGUGUUCACAAUGGGCACUGAUGAGCCUGCAAUACAGCAAGAUGGAGAAUGGCCUGUUAGAAAAGUCCAUGUUAACAGUUUCUACAUGGAUCGUUAUGAGGUCAGCAAUGAGGACUUUGAGAGAUUUGUGAAUUCUACUGGGUAUGUUACUGAGGCAGAAAAAUUUGGUGAUUCCUUUGUGUUUGAGGGAAUGCUGAGUGAAGAAGUGAAGGCUGAAAUUCACCAGGCAGUUGCGGCUGCUCCCUGGUGGUUGCCUGUGAAGGGAGCCAACUGGAAGCACCCUGAGGGUCCUGACUCGAAUAUCUCCAACAGAAUGGAUCAUCCAGUGCUUCAUGUUUCCUGGAAUGAUGCUGUAGCAUUUUGCACCUGGGCGGGGAAGCGAUUACCAACUGAGGCUGAAUGGGAAUACAGCUGUCGAGGGGGCCUUGAGAACAGACUUUUCCCAUGGGGCAACAAGCUUCAGCCAAAAGGUCAACAUUAUGCCAAUAUCUGGCAGGGGGUGUUCCCAACUAAUAACACUGCAGAAGAUGGAUACAAAGGAACUGCACCCGUCACUGCGUUUCCUCCCAAUGGAUACGGUUUGUACAACAUCGUAGGAAAUGCCUGGGAAUGGACGGCGGACUGGUGGGCUGUUCAUCAUUCGACAGAGGAAGUUCACAAUCCUAAAGGACCUUCAUCGGGGACAGACAGAGUGAAGAAGGGUGGAUCCUACAUGUGCCAUAAGUCUUACUGCUACAGGUAUCGCUGUGCAGCCCGUAGUCAAAACACUCCCGACAGCUCCGCUUCCAACCUGGGGUUCCGCUGCGCUGCCGACGCCUCGCCGGAGCUGCCGUGACCCAGUGGGCUGUCCCACCAAGAUGUGGAGGCCUGAAUUUCACCCAAGGACGAACAGAUGUGCGGAGUGUCACUUGCAGGUGACACAGCAUAGAAGAACCUAGUGCUGAAACUUCCUGCAGAGGGAAAAUUUCCAACACUACUCAACACUGUUUGAGAAACCUUCCUGUAUUUAUGUGUGGGGAACCUGGACUGGACCUUUAUCCUGACCAAACUUCCUUUUGGUUUUAGCAAUAUUCUGGAUUUAAUUUUUAUUUUCAUUCUGGAUUUAACUAGCACAAAACUGAGCAGAAACAUGCUGAUUGUGUUUUAAAAGGUUAACAAACAGCUCCGUUAGAAAAGACCUUUUUGUUUAUAGUUUAAUUUAUAUAUAGUUUCAAUUUCUACACUCAAAUCCAAUAUACAAGGACUUUAUAGAUUUCUAGGCAGCUUUAAAAGAAAUUUGAAGCAGCUAAGAAAAUGCAGACAGCUUUAAAAGAAAAUUGAAGGCCUUUAGAAGAGUUGAGGACUGAAAACAGCCAGCUAUCCAGGCGGGCAGUCAGUGGGUUCGUUGUGUUACAUUCCUGCUGCAGUGAAAACCACGUCCAGAAAUGGGCUUGUUCUAGUGAGAUACUUGCUUCUCUUUAAGUGCCUUCUGCAUCUGAGGGAUGAUAAUCCUCAGGGAGAUGAUUAGAAAUGAUGUACAUAUUUGAAUAAAAUUUCUAGUGUUUAUUUA